AUGGCUCGAGAGGUUAUCCUUAAACUGGACCGGUGGCUGAAGGCCGAGGAAGCCACUACGCUUGAAGAGGUAAAAGGAGUUAUACAGAUGGAACAAUUUAUGAGCCAAAUGCCCCUCAGUGUAAGAUGUGAGCUCGCAUCACACGACGUGAAAGAUGUGAUGGAAGCCGGACGCAGAGCUGACAAGUACUGUGCGGUCCGUGGGCUGAACGGAGAUGAACACCAUGAAGGGAGAAAGCCAUUCUCCAGCAGAAAUGAUGGUCAUCAGAGAUAUAAGAAUGACAGUCAGAUGAGCUCGACAUCAGUCCACAGAUCAAACCAGCCCCGCCCUAACAACUAUAGUUUUCCCCACACUUACACCAUGCCCCCGCCAGCCGACCACAUGAGGUCUACGCCCUGUGGGAGUAGGCCCAGGAGCACUACCUAUUACCAGAAGGGUAGUGGGGAUGAAGGUGCAGUUAAGUGCCUUGGAUGUGGAAGUAGCGGGCAUAGGAAGUUCCAGUGUCCGAAGGGACGGCCGAAGCCAGUGGGAGCAGUUGCCGCCCAAAGAGACCUGAUAAAGUAUGUGGAGAAUAUGAAUGCAGAGAUACAAGAGGAGCUGCCGAAAGAUGAGGGCUUUGAGCACUUCACCAGUAAGGGCACAGUGAAAGUGGAGGGAAGUCCAGAGAAGGUGAUCAGAAUCCUUCGGGAUACGGGAGCUAACCAGAGUCUGAUCUUAAGUAGUGUACUCCCAUGGAAUGAGGAGACCAGCACUGGCAGAGAGGUCUCAUGCAAGGGUGCAGGAGGCCAGUUCAGUAUUCCCCUGCACAAAGUUUGGCUGGACUGUGAAUACGUCACUGGAGAGGUGACGGUGGGAGUGAAGGAGGCACUGCCCGUAGAUGGAGUGGAUAUGCUGGUUGGGAACGACCUGGCUGGAGGUCGAGUUAUCCCUAAACUUCAGAUGGUAGACAACCCUCUGAUAGGGAUGACGGAAACCACCACUCCAGUAGCAGUCCCUCACUCAACAGAUGGGGAGGCAGAGGUGCCCGAAUUGUUCCCAGUCUGCGCAGUGACCCGAGCGAUGGCCCGGAAGGAACGCAUGGACACCGAGGGAGCAACGCAGGAGGACGAAGGCCUGGGCGUUCUGUUUAAGGAACCUGAUGAAAAAGGGACUAACCCGGAGUGCGCGAGUGGUGAACCGGUUGUAGGUCAGGUGGAGCCCAACCUUGAUUUUCUGGUAGAAAAGAACGAGUUGAUAAAAGCUCAGGAGAGUGAUGAAAGCUUGAAGUCUGCUUGGAAUGAGGCUAACAGGCUGGGUGAGCUUGACAAUGAGUACGUGGGCUACUACGUGAAUAACAGGGUGUUAAUGAGAAGUUGGAGGCCCCUGACAGCCCCAACCUCCAAUCACUGGAUGGUGAAAAGGCAGAUUGUGGUGCCAUGGGUGUAUAGGAAGAAAAUUUUGGAGAUGGCACACGAAGGUAAUCUGGCAGGACACCUGGGGGUCAGAAAAACCCUAGGAAAGAUCCUGUGUCAUUUUUACUGGCCCAGAGUGAGAGGUGAUGUGAAAGAGUUUUGUAAAACUUGUGGUUUGUGUCAGAAGGUGGGCAAGCCGAACCAGGUGAUUCGCCCUACCCCCCUUCAUCCUAUACCUGUGGUCGAGGAACCAUUCAGUAAGGUGGUGAUAGACUGUGUAGGUCCUUUACCAAGGACCCGGAGGGGGAACCAGUACUUGCUGACUAUUAUGUGUAUGUCAUCCAGGUUUCCUGAGGCCAUUCCCCUCAGGAGUAUAAACUCUAAAAACAUUGUGAGGGAACUGGUGAAAUUUUUCUCCUGGGUGGGAAUCCCUAAGGUGUUGCAGUCAGACCAGGGAAGCAAUUUCACUUCUCGUGCAUUCAAGGAAAUCCUAAGGGGCCUGAAGAUUGAACAGAGACUGUCGAGUGCUUAUCACCCUCAGUCUCAGGGUUGUGUAGAAAGAUUUCACCAAACUCUUAAAAACACUCUCAGGAUGUAUUGUGAGGAGAUGAGUGUUCAGUGGGAUGAGGCAUUGCCACUAGCCUUAUUCACGUUAAGGGACAAUGUGUAG